UCUCUCGCUCUCUCUCGCUCCAGCCGGCUAGCUGCAGCGUUAGUCCGGUACAUAAAAUGAAGCGAGCAGAAGCGUUACGGGAAGCUGCUGCCGUGUGGCUCUUUGGAUUUUGCUGAUGUAUGAGGAGACGCUUUUGUUUUCGUAAGAUCUCUCUCAAGGAGGUCAAAGUCAGCUUGGGGGAUGGACGAGCAGAAAUCAAACUGCGACGAAAGCGACUCUGAGCCAACAGCUGACGAUAACGCUCCUGCAAAGCAACUUGUCUCCUCUGAAGGAGAGUCCCAAGCUCUUCCUGCUGCUGAGGGUGUGUCUGAUCCCACUGCCACCUCUUCAAGUGCACCUAUAGAGAGCGUGAAGGCUUGUGCUCUUUGCAACUGUGUGGAACGCAGCCUUCAUGGACAACGGGAACUCAGACACUUGGGGUCGACUUCAGAACCGGCAAACCUCCAGCCUUCAGCUUCUCCUCUGCCACAGCCUGGAAAUGAUGAGUUGUCUUCCAUUGGCUUUUUGGACACCCCCUGUCUGGCGUCGCUCUUUGAUGACUCAGGCGGUUUUUGGGUUCAUCACUGGUGUGCGGUGUGGUCAGAAGGAGUGAAACAAAUGGAUGAAGGCGGGUUGGAGAACGUGGAUAAGGCUGUUAUCUCAGGGACACAGCGGCUUUGUGAAUACUGCAAAAGGCUUGGUGCAACUAUUCGGUGCCAUGCUGAGGGCUGUUCAGUUUUUUACCACUUCCCCUGUGCGGCAGCGAGUGGCUCCUUCCAAUCCAUGAAGCAGUUGGCCCUUCUCUGUCCACACCACAUAGACAAAGCAGAAGAGUUAGCAGGGGAAGAGUCUUGGUGUGCAGUGUGUGACUCAGCAGGGGAACUCACAGACUUGCUGUUCUGUACGGGUUGUGGCCUACAUUAUCACGCAGCCUGUUUAGAGAUUGGGGCCACGCCCAUCCAGCGGGCAGGAUGGCAAUGCCCAGAGUGUAAAGUGUGCCAGACUUGCAGACAACCAGGUGAAGACUCCAAAAUGUUAGUAUGUGAUGCCUGUGAUAAGGGCUACCACACCUUCUGUCUGCAGCCAGCCAUGGAUUCUCUCCCCACAGAUCCAUGGAAAUGCAGAAGGUGUCGCGUAUGUAUGGAGUGUGGCAUUCGUGGACUCGUGUUGCCAGGCUCGGCUCAGUGGUUUGAAAACUACGCUGUGUGCGAGGCCUGUCAGCGUGUGCGCAGCUCCAUGUGUGGCGUAUGUGGCAAAGCUGCACACCCAUCUGUGGCUCUUCAAUGCUGCACCAUGUGCCACAGGUGGGUGCACAGAGAGUGCGAGCUCCCAGAAGUCAACAGCAUUUGCCUGCUUUGUAAGGAGGAUCGACAUCAGCAGGAGCGUCUCACCGAAGCAUACACAGCAGAGACAUCAACCUCAGAGGUAGCGGAUGAAACUGAAGAGCAGAUACAGUUGGUGGAGAUGACAAUCCAAACGGAGGCUGACAUGAUGACGGAAGAGCAGACAAAUGUUAUACAAGGCCAGGGAAGCACAUCAGAGAUGGGGUCAGCGGACGCCACAGCUGAAGAAGUGACACCCAUGGACCUAGCUCUCCUCAUCGGACGCUUCGUUCCGCAGAGAUUCUCGUCUCAGGGUAGCCGGCAGCAUGAUGUGCAUGAUAUACGACAGUGGCUACUGUACAACUGCGCAUGUGCACUAAGUCAAAAUGGCAGCAGAAGUACGGAAGCUACCAUUGUUGAGACAGCAGAUGUAGGUGACAGAUUCUCGAGGGAGGAGCUGAAGAUACAAAAAGAAGGCUGUACUUCAGAGGGAUCUACCAGACCAUUUGAGUCUCCAGCUGAAGAAUGCUCGACCAAACAGGGUGCCCCUUGUUUACCUGCUGAUGACAGGAGAGCAGAAGAGGCAGUCAACCAAGUGAUCCGAGCUGAGUCGCAAGAUUCUACUGCUGAGAGGCUGUCUCAAAAUCCUAAAGUAGAAGCAACACUGGAGGGCCCUGAACAUAUGGAGGUGGAGAAGCAGGAGACGCCUCCUCCUGUCGACCGGCUUGAAUCAGCAGUGUUUGUAAAGGCUGAUUCUGGUGGUAUCCAAAGUGCAGAAUCAUUCAGUAAGAGCCUGUCAAAGUUGCUGCCCUCGCUAGCAUCUGUAGAGAAAGGGGAGCAUGUACCCCUCUCUGAUGAGCAGGAUACGAGUCCAUGCCAGGCACAUUAUCAUCUUUUACCACCAGACACACAAGAUGAAGCCUCUGCUGUCAACAUGGAGGAGAGGCUACUACCUCACUCUGAAGAGGAGGAUGAAGAGGAUGAUGAUGAGCUAAUGAGAAGAGAAGGACACAAUAUGGACAUAAAGGAGGAACCACAGGAGCACGACGUUAAACCGGAUUUGCUGUUGGAAGAGCUUUCCAAUAUGAGCCACGAAGACGAGAGUAGCAGUGGCUUCCUGGGCUCUCCUGGAGAAGUGGAUCCUCACCUCUCCAUGGAGCUUGGCCGCUCUGAAACGGAUGACUCACUGCCAUUCGAACCACUCGGUAGUCACACAGAAAAGGUCAAGCGCAGGGGAUCCCCUGGCCGCUCAAGGGUCAAACAGGGUCGAAGUAAUAGUUUCCCUGGGAAGCGUAGACCACGAGGAGGAGGGAGAGGACGUGGUGGUAGGUCUCGCCUCAAAGCCAUGGCCUCUUGCAUUGAUGCCUUCUUGCUAAGCAUGACUACAGACUCUGGAAUAAGUAAGGAGGACGACGAUGAGGAAGAUGACACCAUGCAGAACACAGUGGUUCUUUUUUCAAACACUGAUAAAUUUGUUUUGCUCCAGGAUAUGUGCGUUGUAUGUGGCAGCUUUGGAAAGGGUGCAGAGGGGCAGUUAUUGGCUUGUGCUCAGUGUGCUCAAUGUUACCAUCCUUACUGUGUGAACAGCAAAAUUACAAAGACGAUGCUGCGAAAGGGCUGGCGCUGUUUGGAAUGUAUUGUGUGUGAAGUAUGUGGAAAGGCUUCGGACCCUUCCCGUCUGCUGCUGUGUGAUGACUGUGAUGUUAGCUACCACACGUAUUGCUUGGACCCGCCCCUGCACACAGUGCCCAAGGGAGGUUGGAAAUGCAAAUGGUGUGUGUGCUGUGUACAAUGCGGUUCCAACUCGCCAGGUUUCCACUGCGAGUGGCAGAAUAACUACACUCACUGUGGCCCCUGUGCCAGCCUUGUCACCUGUCCAGUAUGCAGAGAGAACUUCAUGGAGGAGGAGCUACUCCUACAGUGUCAACACUGCGAUCGAUGGGUGCAUGCUGUCUGUGAGAGUUUAUACACUGAGGAUGAAGUGGAGCAAGCAUCUGAUGAGGGCUUUGCAUGUACAUCAUGCAGCCCGUAUGUUCCCAAACCUGUCGUUGAGUCGGCCAUUAUGGCUUCAAUAAGGAUCAAAGAGCCAGAACCACAGUUCUACCGGUUAGAGGGUGUAUGGCUGACUGAAUCGGGAAUGUCCCUGCUGCGGUCUAUCUCCAUGUCUCCCUUGCUUAAGAGACGACAGCGACGCUCUCGCCUUGGUACCUUGUGUUGUGAAGGAGGCCCUGAUGGAAUGGAUGUGAGGGAGGAGGGGGAAGGAGAAGAGGGAAAAGUCUGCGGGGAGUCUAUGGACUGCGAUGCUAAGAUUGAGAACCCUGGAAGCCCUGACAGAGAAGGUGGUGUUGAUGGAGGCACAGAUGGCAUGGCUGAAUGUGAUGUUCUCAAAGGGGUAGCAGACGAUGCGGAAGAUGGUAAAAAACGAAAACGGAAACCCUACAGGCCUGGAAUUGGAGGAUUCAUGGUGCGACAAAGGAAGUGUCAUACACGGUUGAAGAAAGAGUUUUUUGCCCAGCUGGCUGGAGAGACUACUUUAGAUGGGCAGCCAAUAGAGAGAACCAUCGAAGAGGGACCCCAUCCUGACACAGAUAACAUCAUGGAUCCUAAACCAUUGGAGGGCGAGGAGCAGGCCAAGAAACGUCGAGGAAGAAAGAAGAGCAAACUUGAGGACAUGUUUCCACCGUAUCUCCAGGAGGCUUUUUUUGGAAAGACACUUAUAGAUUUGAGUAAGAAGGCUGUAAUGACAACCCCUGGGCAGAGGCCAGCUGUAUGCCUUCUUCAACCCUCAUUACCAGCACCACCGGUGUUCAAAACUCCAUCCCCAGAAACUGAGGCCAAGGAUCGUAUGGUGCAUCAUCUCAAGCAAGAGAGGGGCGAGGCCCCGCAGGCUCAGGGAGAAGGUGCAGAAGUCUGUGCACCAUCCUCAACACUGAAGGACCUGGGGUCAACCGAUCCUCAUGACUUUGAUGGAGAAAAAAGUGAAGGUCUUCCACAAGGAGUAGAGAAUCAGGAUUCUGAGCAGUUUUUCAGGAAGGUUCUGGGAGUGUCAGAAGGCUCCACCUUGGAGGGUAUGAAGCCCAUCUCAGAGGGCAAUAAGGGAGAACUCAAUUGUAGUGCUCUGCCACAAAGAGCUAUCCUCUCAGGGUCUCUACCUUCAGCUGGAGUUAUGGAUGCUUUCCCUGCCCUCUCUCAGUCGUCAUUCUUUGACAUGCGGGACAAAGGAGGGCUUUUCAGUCCAAAUGGUGGCGAGGAGAGUCCCUGGGCUACUCCCUCCACCCCAGCGACUCCUUCAUCCCCACCAACCCCCACUGAGGCAGAAGGUGAUGGACUGUCCUACAAUCAGCGCAGUCUCCAGCGAUGGGAGAAAGAUGAGGAGCUGGGAGAGUUAUCAACCAUUUCGCCCGUGCUUUACGCCAAUAGCAACUUUCCCACUCUCAAGCAGGACUACCCAGACUGGGCGAACCGCUGUAAGCAAAUCAUGAAGAUCUGGAGAAAAGUGUCAGCAGCUGACAAGGUUCCUUAUCUGCAAAAGGCCAAAGACAACCGAGCAGCUCAGAGGAUCAACAAGGCACAGAAGCAGGCAGAGAGUCAGGUGUGCAGGCCAGUUAAGAUGGAGCCAGUGCGUGUUAAAGGGGAAAGACCGAGUUUACACAUCCAGAUUCCCCCGCCUUCCAGAUCUACGUCCAUCUCGUCUCACCCAAGCUCGGCAGAAAGCCCGUUUCCUUUCCCCCCAGAUUCAGGAUCUUCCUCUGUCUUUUUCUCAGAUGGUAUUGCAAAGACCCCAGGAUCAGCUGAAAUCCGUACCGAUCCUUUUGCCAAGAUCCCCCCUCAGUCACCCCGUUCUCACUCACACCCACCAACGCCUCUAUCCUAUGCUGGGGCUAGCCCCAUACAGGCUUCCUCCUCAGGUUAUUCUGCUUCCGGCCCACAGGGUCCUCCUCAGGGACGGCCAGCUAGUCUUGGCCCCUUUGACACACAACCAGGGACUUCAGUAGCCUCCCGACGGGCUCAGCAGGUUGACCCCUAUUUCAGAUCACAGUUACAGCAUCAACAGGGUCAUUUAUCACAAUCUCAGCAAGGCUCUCAAGAGUCCCUUACACCUCUACAAAGUCCUCAUUCAAGAAGCGCUGGAAUAGGGAUUGAGUCACCCAUUUUCUCGCCACCCCAUAACACACACUACGGAGACCCUCAAAGAACUCUACAGACAGAAUACGGUUCAUCCCCAGUACCCUCAGUUACAUCCUCACCUGCCAGCCAGUAUAGGGGUGAUAUGAGUGCACCUUCUCCUCGCUCCACUCCUGUCGGAAGACCUGAUCUUGCCACUGGCUCCCCUGCUGGGAUGCUUGAGUCUGGGGAUGGGUUAUUUAAAGCACCUAUGACACCACGAAUGCACCAAGGGGACGGUGGAGUGCUUCAUCCUGGAGCCUCCCCAAGCCACCCCUCUGAAGGAUACAGACAGUCUCCCUCACACCCUUUCUCUGACCACCACAUUCAGUCUCCACUAACUCCCAAGUUGCAGUCUGGUGAUGGUUGUUCUCUUGGACCCCAGAGACACCCUGUAAUUCAACAGGAUUUGUGCUUGAGAGUUCCCUCCAGCCCGCAAUCCCAGGGCAGUUGUCAGUCUCCCCUCACUCCUGGAGGGCUCUCCAAUGAUGCCUACUCUGCACAGUCUCCUGUAACCCCACGUUUCCAGUCCCCAGAUCACUGUUCUCAGCCUUCUUCAAGGCCACAAUCUAGAGACCCUUUCAUGACUAUCCACAAACCACCUCGCCCCACAUCUGCUGCAUCAGAUGGAACUACAAGUUUCAAAAGCUCACCUAAUUCAAAUCAAUCACCUCAGUUGCAUUCCAACAGUAGUCCCAUCAGGGAUCCUCUUUCUUGCAAACCCUUAGCACCCCCGCCUUCAUUCAGCCCUAGCACAGGAACAAUUCAGAUAUCCCAACAGCAGGCACCAGGUCAGCCACAGCCACCGCUGCCCCAGCCCCAAACACAGCAGACUACUGUUGCAGACAGCUACAGCUCUCGACUGAUACCUCCUUCUGGAUCCCAAGAACUGGCAGCUGUCCGCCCUCAAGAUGAACCUCAUCCCCCAUCCUUGCCGGGCACUCAAGAAAUGCCUGAUGUGUCAGCAGUGCAAGACCCUGCACUAGUGGGCCUGAGUCCCUCUGAGCUGGAGAAGCACAGACAGCGUCAGAGACUGAGGGAAUUUCUAAUAAGACAACAAAUGCAACGGAACACUAUGAGACAAGAAAAGGAGGCAGCUGCAGCCGCUGUGGGAAACCCAUCUCCUGGAUGGCCAGGAGGAGAGAUGGGUGCAUUUCAACAAGACAAGAUACACAGAGCACCACCACCUUAUCCACAGGAUCGUGUUGCUGUUACAACUGCUGGCGCUCAGGCCUCUACUAUGGGAAAGAUCCCUGUGAUUGCAAGUGGCAUGGACGACAAGCUCAUUUCCCCACCAUCCACAGGAACCCCUUCCAUCAUGGAUCCUAGUACACUUAGGCCACAAGGCUCCACAAAGCCUCAGGGCAUGUUUCCUCGCCCACCAUUCCCUCCUCAGUGGCAUGCUCCAGGACCAAGGAGAUUCCCCCACCCUGGCAUGGAGGCUAUGGCCUUAAGGCACAAUCUCACCAAUGCUGUCAACAUCCAGGGUAUGGAAGUUGUGGGUCACCCUCACCCCAUGAUACCAGGACAUGGAGGAGAGAAUAUGCAACCAAUUGGCCAAGGACCCCCACCACAGUUUAUCGAAUUAAGACACAACUCACAGAGGUUACCACUUAGACCCCAGUUUAUGCCUCGUGGACCUCAGCCCAGACAACGUCUCUUUGCCCCACAAGAGAUGCCAGCACCUUAUGUCCAGCAGCAUCCCAUACCGCAUACUAGUGCUAUUCCGUCAGAUGGGGGCAUUAACUCACAGUUCGGAUUACAGCAGAGUGAACUGUCAUCUUUAUUACCUCCGCAGCCUGCAGUCCCAGGAGCACACCAGCCCCAAGCAGGAGCUUUGACUUCCAACACUGCUGGCUCUGGACAUCGACACCUGUCACAAUCGAGUAUUGUCACAGAACAGAACCAAGCUGCUGUGGUAGAACACAAUCAGGCACUACCAGAGCCUGAUCUUGAAGGCCUUGCAGAUGCGCCAGGAGAUGCAGGUGUGGAGGAUGAAGAAGAUUUAGCUCUUGACUUGGACCCAGACAAAGGAGAUGAUGAAUUGGGAAACCUGGACAACCUGGAAACUAAUGAUCCACAUCUUGAUGAUUUGCUGAAUAGUGAUGAAUUUGACCUGCUGGCUUAUACUGACCCUGAACUAGACCAAGGAGACCCCAAGGAUGGCUUUUCAGACCAGCUGCGUUUAGUAGAAGCAGAAAGUGAAACCCCUUCAUCAGCCUCUGGGUCUGCACACAUUAAAGUAGAAGAAAAACCCAAGUUGGCGUCUGGGCAGAAGUCCCUCUCAACAACACCAGCCUCACCAGGCAGGUCAUCCACCCAAAUGCCACCCUCCCCUAGCACAGCUGGUAACUCCAAAGUAAAGAGAGAAACACUCACCCCUCAGCUCCUGUCAGGACAGGCUACUGUAAAAGAUGAAAUGGUAGAGGCCGUCUCUCUGCUUCUUGGUCGAACCACACCUUCGGCCAUGCCUGCACAGCAAGAACACCAGCCAGCUUCCCUCAGUUCUGUUCGAUUAGGGGGACUUUCAUACCCACUACAAGGCCAGGAUGGUCCCUUGCCUUUUCCUACAGCUGCUGCGCAUGCAGAUAUUUGUGACGAUGCACUUGACCUGCCUGAUGUUGGAGGACAGCACUCUGUUGCUGUGGAUUUGGCGAAGGUAGAAAGCUCAUUAGAUGGUGAGCUGCCUCUCCUGAUACAAGAUCUUUUGGAACAUGAAAAGAAGGAGCAGCAGAAGCAGCAACAGCUCAGCUCUCUUCACCAGGGAGGCAUGGCUCCUCAUUUUCCUUGUGUUCCAAGUCAACAGUCAAACCCACAGGCACCCGGGCCGUUAAUGUUGCCGCAAGACCACCACCGUUCACCAUCCCAAGCAGUGAUGACUCGGCCCGGCAUGGUACCUCGUGCUCCACACAUGUUGCAGCAUCAACAAAGACUUUUGGGAAGUGCAGUGGCACCCUCACCUCACAUGGCCUUGAGCCAGCAGCAAGCCAUGGUGAGAAUGGGGCAACCAGGAAUCAUCAAUCAUCCACCGCAGCAACCUGUGGUGAAACAGUCACCUCUGGCCAACAAUUUCUUCCCAGACAAAGAUUUAGACAAAUUUGCUACUGAUGACAUAAUGGAUCCCAUUGCCAAGGCAAAGAUGGUGGCUCUUAAAGGUAUCAAAAGAGUGUUGGCACAGGAACCCAUGGUUGUGCCGUCUGGCAUCAACAGGCAACAGGUUUCUCUGCUUGCUCAAAGACUUUCAUCUGCUUCAGGCACAGAUCCAGGUCAAAUUUCAUCAGGGCCUCCAAAAGAUGGAGAAACCAGUGAGCCGACCCAGUCGAGACCAAACCCUCCUCCGUUUGUUCAAGGAAUCAUCAAUAAUUCAGAACAGCACCAGUAUGAGGAAUGGCUUGUUCACACUCAGCAGUUACUCCAAAUGCAGUUAAAAUUCUUGGAAGAACAAAUUGGAGUCCAUCGAAAAUCACGCAAGGCACUGUGUGCUAAGCAACGCACUGCAAAGAAAGCUGGCAGGGAGUUUGCUGAGUCAGAUGCUGAGAAACUCAAGUUGGUCACAGAAGAACAGAGCAAAAUUCAGAAACAGCUUGACCAGGUACGGAAGCAGCAGAAGGAGCAUACCAAUCUCAUUGCAGAGUAUAGAAGCAAGCAGCAGCAAGGUCCAGGUCUUCUUGCUCCUGGACAUUCUGCACAGGGAACCGCACCUCACAUGCUUCCCAAAUUACCUGGCCAGAUGAUAAUGGGGCAACAGGGAACUCAAGUCAUUACCCAGCACCCCGGUAUGGUUCCACAAGGUGGAAUGCCUGUUCGGAUGCCCCAAGGUCAGCCUUUCAUUGGAAGACCCCAACCCCAGCUUCCCGUCGCUCUUGGAGUCAAUGGUUCUAGGCCCACAUGUCCCCCUGGUGCUCCAACAGGAUACUUCCCACAGGGGCCGGCAGGAAUGCAGAAUGCUGACCCCAGGCUUCUCCAAGAAAGACAACUUCAACAUAGGAUGCACAUGGCAAAGCUCCAGCAGCAACAGCAAGCGAUGAUGGGCCAGCAGCAACAACAAAAUCAACAGUCAGCCUUAAUAACUCAGCCACAGCCUAGUUUGAUGGGGAACCCACUCAUGUCCCAGCAGCAGGCAAAUCUUCAACAGGAGAUGUUAGCCAGUCAGGUGAAUCAGCAGAGCAUAGCUCAGGUCCCACAAGUAAUGGGUGCAGGUCAGUCUGUGGCUCCACCACUACAGAACUUUAGUGCUGGCCAGCCCAAUAACCAGGCUCAAGCCAAGGGGGCAUCUCAACCAAGGUUAACUGGGAACCAGCCAAUUACACAACAACAACAGAGGGCUCCAAUGAUGGGUCAGCAGGGAAUUAUUGUAUCUCCAGGCCAUCCUGUCCUCAGGGGUCCCCAGGGCCAGAUGGCUCAACAACAACAACAACAACAGAACAUUCUGGCGGCAAAACGCAUGCUUGCUUCUCAGCAGCAGCAGCAGCAACAACAGCAGCAGCAGAAUGUCCCAAAGACUUUUGCUCAACUUCAGCAGCAACCGUUGGCACAACAAAGGCAACCAACCCCAUUGACGAUUCAACCCAGCCAAGAGCAAGGAAGACUUUCCCAACCGUCUACGCCACAAAUGGGCUCUUCCCCUUCGACAGGCAGUACGACACCUCAGCCAUUAGGAGCUACAGAUAGUCAAAUAGUAGAGACUAAAGAGGGUGACCUUCUCAGCCCUAAUACCAGAACCCCACCACAGCUUAGUGGACCCUCCACACCCAAUCAUAUGACCCAUGUGGGCCCUGCAAAUGAUCAGCAACCUGAUUUGGGGCGACAGCAAGUUCAUCAGCAGCACCAAGACCAGGGUUAUAUGCAGCAACAACCAUCACUUCCCGACCAACAAUCCAGUCUUGUUGUAAAUCCACAAAUCCAAUCAACUGCUCUACAGAGGCAAGAUUCAGGUAGCACUGACAAGCCCACUUCGAUGGCGAUUAAAGAAGAAGGGAAAUCUCUGGAUUUCUUAGCCCAGCAGCAGCAACAACAGCGACUACAAACGGUUCAUGUCAUGCAGCAAUCUCGAGAUCCCAACAUCCAGCAACAGAAUAUUGGCCAGCAACAGUCUGUUGUAGUUAAUAAUCCUCAACAGCUCACCCUCAUUGCACAACAGCAAAAACAGCAGGCCAUGAUGGGCAGGAUUAGAGCUCAGCAGCAAGGCAUGAUGGCACAGAGGCCUGGGGUUCCACCUGCUCCUAUACGCACCCCUAUCAACCUCCAGGUCCAGGCUAUCAUUGCUCAAAAUCCACAGCUACGCAAUCUUCCCCCAAAUCAACAACUACAACACAUCCAAGCUAUGAUUGCCCAGAGGCAGCUCCACCAGGGACCAAUGCUGCGGAUGCCAAUGGGUCAACAACAAAGUCAGAUGAGACAUCACAUGUUACCAGGACAGGUGCCACAUGCUGGAAACCAAAUGCCAAGAAUGGAAGGGCAACAUAUGCCAUAUGGAGCCAUGGGGAAGCCUGUAGGUAUGUGCACUCAGCAACAGAGUGGUUCUCAACUUCAGCAGGGAAUGAUGGUUCCAGGGCAACCGCAAAUAGGAGAGGCAAUACAACAUCAGGUUAUGAGAGGACAAUUACCACUACCACGAGCUCCUAUGGACCACGGCCGUAUGAUCAGGCCCACAUCACCACGUCAGUCGUUACCCACGCAACCUGGUGAUCUCAGACACCCGCUGAACCAAGCAGUAGGGAUGCAUCCACCCACUCCUAACCAGCACCAGCAGCAGGCAAUGAUGGCAGCUGCAGCAAUCCGCAUGCAGGGAUCCCCUUCUCAUGCAUAUUCUCCAAGAGGUCCUUUUGGCAUGAGCCCUACCCACCCAGCCUCCCCGCUCCCAUCCCAUGUCUCUUCACCUUCGUUAGCUGACAAUAGAGCUGGAAGGGGAAGUCCAUACAGUCAAGUCAAGGCGUCUCCGCUCAGGUCACCGGGAACCAAGACUCCGCUUGACUGUCCGGGGCUGAAAAUAGAAUCGCAGACAUCGGUCAGUGAAACAUCUUCUACAACCCCACUGAUUCCAAAUGGUCCUCGUACAGGAUUGAAUGUCCAGCAACAGUCUCCACAAGUUGCAGAAAGCCAUGCUCCUCACCCACCGCAUGGCUCUACAGAAGGAGAUCUAUGCAAGUUGACGCUGCAGAACAUUAAACAGGAGCCAAGGGAGGUACAUUGUGAUGGUGCAGGAGAUGCCCAUUCUGAUGCUAUAAAGCGAGAAGCGACAGCUGACAUGGUUUCUUCUGGGAGCAACACUACAUUUAUUCAUACAGAUGACACCAGAUCUGAAACUGGACAACAAUUGCUCCAGAAACUCUUGAGAACGAAGAACCUUCAGCUUGCAGCCCAGAGGCCCCCUGAAGGCAUCCACAAUGAGAUAAAUGGCCAUAUCAACAGCAAACUUGCAAUGCUGGAACAAAAACUUCAAGGGACUCCUCGAAAUAUGGAGGAUUUGCAGUCUAUAAGUAAAAGGGCUCCAGCACAAAAGCCAAAGCGCACUAAUAAAGCACCUGGAGACCGGGGGCUUAAUGUACGGAAGAAGACUAAGAAGGAAGAAGUUGGAAAAAGUACUGAAGCGCUCAUAAAGCAACUAAAACAGGGUCUGUCUCUGCUGCCCUUGAUGGAACCUUCCAUCACAGCUAGCCUGGAUCUGUUUGCCCCUUUUGGGAGCAGCCCAGCCAAUGGAAAAGCCCAGCUCAAAGGAUCCUUUGGAAAUGCAAUGCUCGACAAUAUCCCAGACUACUAUUCUCAGUUACUCACGAAGAGCAACCUCAGCAACCCACCAACACCUCCAUCUUCCCUGCCACCGACACCUCCGCCUUCUGUACAGCACAAGCUGCUCAAUGGAGUGACUCCUGGGGAGGAACUCUCUCGGGGUCAGAAAAAUGCAGAGUUAAAAAACAAACCAAUAGAAGCGGUUACAGAGGAGACAAAGAGUGUUGACAUUCUUGCAGCGCUUCCCACUCCACCACAUAACCAGAAUGAGGACAUCAGGAUGGAGAGUGAUGAUGAGGAUGCUCCAGAAAGCAUCAUUCCAGCAUCCUCUCCUGAGAGUAACGUUGGAGAGGAAACUCCACGUUUCCCUCGUCUGCAGGAGCCAAAGGAGGAGGAGACGGAGAGAGCAAUAUCCCCCAUAAUUCCUGUCAUUCCUCGCACGGCUAUCCCAGUGUUCUCGGAGAGCAAACCCUUUGAAGCAGGUGAUGGAAGAGUGGUUUCUAUAUCUAAUCACUGGGAUAAAGCCAAAAGUAACGAGGUGGCUGUUACCUUCACAUUGUCCUCCAUGGCAGCUAAGAAACUUAACCAUGUGAUGAUGGCAAUGGCCCAGCUGCUCAAAAUAAGGAUGCCAGGUUCGUACGAGGUGACCUUCCCUUCCCAAAACCUUGACAUGCCUGGAGUGGAUGAUCCUGGGAAAGGGCCUGUCCAGUCAGGUGUUGUCUGUCUUAAGGACAAUGCCGCAUCCAGUCAGGAUGAGUGGUUAAGGCAAUUUGAUGUGUCUCUGCCAGGCUGCACAUUAAAGAAACAAGUGGACAUUCUGACACUGAUAAAACAGGAAUUCCAAGAUAAUGAAGGCAAAGCAGUCCAGCACUGUUACACAACCAAUGUAAACGACUUGGAUGUGCGCCACCUUCCGAUUAUACCAGUGGAGGAAUCACUGCCUCCAUCACCAUCCCCUCCACUUCCUUCCUCCCCAGAUCCAGUUCCAUCUCAUGAGGCAAAACCUUCCAAAAAGUCAGCCCCCUCAUCCCCAUUGCCUGCCACUCCCACUUCUGUCCAGAUCAAGAUAGAGCCUGAGCAGGAUGGUGUUCCUCCUGCAGAAGGGGUUGGUGUGACCGUGUCGACAGUUUCUGCUCCAGAGACGGCCACUGAUCCAGCAUUUAACCCUGCGGGUCUCGAUCCCGCUGCUGCCCCAGAAGAUCACCUGACUCCUGCUGCCAAGGAGGAGGAAUUGGUCACUGAUCCUCUCAUCACAGAUUCUCCCUGCCCACUGGAGUCCUCUCCAAAGGCCAUAAAGCAACGCAGGCCUCUCUCCCCUGAUGAGGUCUUACUCCCCAACGUGAAAAAAUGGAAGGGGAUUCGCUGGAAGCGCCUGCAGAUUGUCAUCUCGAUACGUAAAGGUGGCUCGAAGAAGGAAAGCAGUCGUGAGGUAUCUGAGUUGAUGGAGCGUCUCCGUAUUACUCUGCGACCUGACAGGUUACCACGGGAUAAACGCAAAUGCUGUUUCUGCCAUGAGGAGGGUGACGGCGCCACGGACGGGCCUGCCCGCUUGCUUAACAUUGACGUGGACCUGUGGGUGCACCUCAACUGCGCCCUGUGGUCUACUGAGGUAUAUGAGACGCAGGGCGGCGCGCUUAUCAAUGUGGAGGUGGCGCUGCGUCGCGGAUUGCGUACAAUGUGUGCGUGCUGCCAGAAAACUGGUGCGACCAACAGUUGCAACCGACUGCGCUGCCCAAACGUCUACCACUUUGCUUGUGCCAUCCGCGCCCGCUGCAUGUUCUUCAAAGACAAAACCAUGUUGUGCACCCAGCACAAACUGAAGGGCCCCAGCGAAGAUGAACUUUCCUCUUUUGCUGUUUUACGGCGGGUCUACAUUGAGCGUGACGAGGUCAAGCAGAUCGCCAGCAUCUUGCAGCGAGGGGACCGCAUCCACCUUUUCCGAGUCGGCGGUCUCAUCUUUCACGCCGUCGGUCAGUUGCUACCCUCCCAAAUGGCCAUCUUCCACUCACCUACUGCCAUCUUCCCUGUCGGCUAUGAGGCCACGCGCAUCUACUGGAGCACACGUGUGCCCAACAAGCGCUGUCGCUACCGUUGCCGCAUCAGCGACGACGAAGGCCGCCCCUUGUUUGAGGUGCGUGUUCUGGAACAUGGCAUGGAGGAUUUGCAGUACCGUGACAUGAGUCCGCAGGGAAUCUGGGAACAGGUGGUUCACAAGGUUGCCAAACUCCGAGAUGAUUCGUCCAUGUUGAAGUUGUUCACUGAACAUGUCAAAGGAGAAGAGAUGUUCGGCCUCACCAUUCAUGCUGUAAUGCGCAUCACUGAAUCGUUGCCUGGAGUGGAGAACUGCCAGAACUACCAGUUCCGAUAUGGCCGUCACCCACUGAUGGAGCUCCCUCUCAUGAUCAAUCCCACAGGUUCUGCUCGCUCGGAGCCCAAAGUCCCUACACAGUGCAAGAGGCCUCAUACUUUGAACAGCACUAGUGUGUCCAAGGCCUACCAGAGCACCUUCACCUGUGAGAUGAACACGCCAUACAGCAAGCAGUUUGUCCACUCAAAGUCCUCGCAGUAUCGGCGCCUGAAGACAGAGUGGAAGAACAAUGUGUACCUGGCUCGCUCUCGCAUUCAGGGCCUGGGUCUGUACGCUGCUAAAGAUCUAGAGAAGCACACUAUGGUCAUCGAAUAUAUCGGCACAGUAAUUCGCAAUGAGGUGGCAAACCGCAGAGAGAAGAUCUACGAGUUACAGAAUCGUGGUAUCUACAUGUUCCGCAUCAACAACGAGCAGGUGAUUGAUGCCACUUUGACUGGUGGCCCAGCUCGCUACGUCAACCACUCCUGCGCGCCCAACUGUGUCGCUGAGGUCGUAACAUUUGACAAAGAAGACAAGAUAAUCAUCAUCUCCAGUCGCAGGAUCCCCAAAGGAGAGGAGCUGACAUACGACUACCAGUUUGACUUUGAGGACGACCAGCACAAGAUCCCGUGCCACUGCGGAGCCUGGAACUGCCGGAAGUGGAUGAACUGAGACUGAGGAAGGAGGGAAGGCGGAGCAUCGCCUCCUUUCUGCGCCAAAGCCUAUUUAGUGUUUUUUUUGUUUUUGUUUGUUUGUUUGUUUGUUUGUUUUUUCCCUAACUUGACUUAGCCAGUGCAUAAGCUGCUCUCAUCCAAGUGGAGGAACGCUGGCCUCCAUCUUGGGACGACUCCGAGUGACAUUUGAGCGUGUAGCCAAAGGUUUGAUGAGCAUUAAUCAACACACCACCACCUCUUUCUUGAUGGUGGAUAACAACAACGGGGCGGCGCUUUUUUUUUUUUUUUUUUUUU